CAUCUUCACCCGCUUUGACUCUCCUUGGACAUACUCUCACCUUCUUCUUCCAUAGCCAACAAAUACAGACCUUCCUCUAAGAUCUCUCUUCUCUGUAAUCCAUUCACCGCGCCUUCACCUUUCACGUCCAACUUUUCAUGGCGAAAACGGAUCAUCACAGCACUUGCUAACUUUCAUUUUCACUUUCAUUUUCAACUACCUUUUUUCAAAUAUGGCGGAGAAUGGAGAGCAUAAAGCAAUGCCGGCGGAGGUUGAGAAGAAGAAGGAAGAGCAGAGUGUGCCGUUUUUCCGCUUAUUCUCCUUUGCGGAUAAGUACGAUUGGUUACUUAUGAUCUCCGGUAGCAUCGGAGCGGUUAUUCACGGCUCCGCCAUGCCUGUCUUCUUUCUUCUAUUUGGACAAAUGAUUAAUGGAUUCGGAAUGAACCAGAUGGAUUUGCAAACAAUGACUCAUGAAGUUUCCAAGUACGCACUGUAUUUCGUUUAUUUUGGGCUGAUCGUGUGCAUAUCCUCAUAUGCAGAAAUUGCGUGUUGGAUGUAUACUGGUGAAAGACAAGUUGGAACUCUGAGGAAGAAGUAUUUGGAGGCGGUGUUGAAGCAGGAUGUUGGUUUCUUUGAUACAGAUGCCAGGACCGGAGAUAUCGUCUUUAGUGUUUCCACGGAUACUCUGCUCGUACAAGAUGCCAUCGGUGAGAAGGUGGGGAAUUUCAUUCACUACCUAUCGACCUUUCUGGCGGGAUUGGUGGUGGGUUUUGUCUCAGCGUGGAGGCUUGCUCUGCUCAGCGUGGCAGUGAUUCCUGGAAUUGCUUUUGCAGGUGGCUUGUAUGCUUACACUCUCACUGGCCUCACCUCCAAGAGCCGUGAAUCAUAUGCAAAUGCCGGCGUAAUCGCUGAGCAGGCUAUUGCCCAAGUUCGAACUGUUUAUUCAUACGUUGGUGAGAGCAAGGCCUUGAAUGCUUAUUCUGAUGCAAUACAACAUACCCUGAAGCUCGGAUACAAGGCCGGAAUGGCGAAAGGCCUUGGAUUAGGGUGCACUUAUGGAAUAGCAUGCAUGUCAUGGGCCUUAGUGUUUUGGUAUGCUGGUGUUUUUAUUAGGAAUGGGGAGACUGACGGAGGCAAGGCAUUUACUGCCAUAUUCUCAGCCAUAGUUGGGGGCAUGAGUUUAGGCCAGUCGUUUUCAAAUCUUGGAGCAUUUAGUAAAGGGAAAGCUGCGGGUUUCAAGCUCUUGGAGAUUAUCAACCAGAAGCCAACUAUAGCUCAAGACUCAACAGAAGGGAAGUGUUUGGCUGAGGUCAAUGGGAACAUCAAAUUCCAAAAUGUGACCUUCAGCUACCCAUCUCGACCCGAUGUUAUCAUAUUCAGAGAUUUCUCAAUCUCUUUCCCUGCUGGAAAGACUGUUGCAGUUGUUGGAGGAAGUGGAUCAGGAAAAAGCACGGUUGUCUCCUUAAUUGAGAGGUUCUAUGAUCCUAAUCAGGGAGAGAUUUUGCUUGAUGAUGUUGAUAUUAAGACGCUACAAUUAAGAUGGUUGAGGGAUCAAAUUGGGUUGGUGAACCAGGAGCCUGCUCUCUUUGCUACCACCAUACUGGAAAACAUACUCUAUGGAAAACCAGAUGCAUCUAUGGCUGAAGUUGAAGCUGCUGCUUCUGCAGCCAAUGCUCACUCUUUUAUCAGCCUACUUCCCAAUGGCUAUGACACUCAGGUAGGGGAAAGAGGGGUUCAGCUUUCUGGAGGUCAAAAACAGAGAAUUGCAAUUGCAAGAGCAAUGCUGAAAGACCCAAAGAUCCUUCUACUUGAUGAAGCAACUAGUGCCCUUGAUGCUGGCUCUGAGAGCAUUGUUCAAGAGGCCCUCGACCGCCUUAUGGUUGGGAGAACAACAGUUGUGAUUGCCCAUCGCCUAUCUACCAUAAGAAAUGUGGACUCUAUUGUAGUCAUCCAACAAGGACAGGUUGUGGAGAUGGGAAGCCACGAAGAACUGAUUGGGAAAAGUGGAGCAUAUGCAUCCUUAAUCCGAUUCCAAGAAAUGGUAGGAAAUAGGGACUUGUACAGCGCAUCAACGAGGUGUUCAAGAUCAUCACGCCUGAGCCAUUCUCUAUCAACCAAGUCAUUAAGCCUAAGAUCUGGGAGCUUGAGGAAUCUGAGCUAUUCUUACAGCACUGGAGCGGAUGGUCGGAUUGAGAUGAUAUCGAAUGCUGAAACAGACAGGAAAAACAGAGCACCACAUGGAUAUUUCUGCCGGCUUCUGAAGCUAAAUGCUCCAGAAUGGCCUUAUUCCAUUAUGGGUGCUGUAGGAUCAAUCCUCUCUGGUUUCAUCGGACCAACUUUUGCUAUUGUCAUGAGCAAUAUGAUUGAGGUUUUCUACUACACGGAUCUUCAAAAGAUGGAGAGAAAGACGAGGGAAUACAUUUUCAUAUAUAUUGGAGCUGGAAUCUAUGCUGUGAUUGCUUACUUGAUACAACAUUACUUCUUCAGCAUCAUGGGAGAGAACCUCACCACUAGAGUGAGGAGAAUGAUGCUUGCGGCUAUCCUAAGGAAUGAAGUGGGAUGGUAUGAUGAGGAGGAGCACAACUCGAGCCUGGUGGCAGCUCGGCUAGCCAUAGAUGCUGCGGAUGUGAAAUCGGCCAUUGCAGAGAGGAUAUCUGUAAUACUACAGAAUAUGACUUCCCUUCUAUUUUCCUUCAUAGUGGCUUUCAUAGUGGAAUGGAGGGUCUCCCUUCUCAUUCUGGCAGCCUUCGCACCUCUUGUCCUGGCUAAUUUUGCUCAGCAACUCUCACUGAAAGGGUUUGCUGGGGAUACUGCCAAGGAACAUGCAAAGACCAGCAUGAUCGCGGGCGAGGGGGUCAGCAACAUCCGUACAGUUGCAGCUUUCAAUGCCCAAGACAAGAUCCUUAACCUCUUCUGUAACGAGCUCCGGCUACCACAGAGCCGGAGCCUUCGUAGGAGUCACACGGCAGGCAGUCUUUUUGGUCUGUCUCAGUUAGCUCUUUAUGCUUCAGAGGCACUCAUCCUCUGGUACGGUGCCAAUCUUGUACGUAAAGGCCUCUCCACAUUUUCAAAGGUCAUCAAAGUCUUCGUUGUUCUUGUCAUCACCGCAAAUUCAGUUGCGGAAACUGUUAGCAUGGCCCCAGAAAUAGUUAGGGGAGGAGAAGCAGUCGCUUCAGUGUUCUCAAUUCUUGAUCGUUCAACCAAGAUCGACCCUGACGACUCAGAAGCAGAGCAGGUAGAAUCCGUUCGCGGCGAAAUUGAACUCCGCCGCGUAGAAUUCGCGUACCCGUCUAGGCCUGACAUAAUUGUUUUCAAGGACUUCAAUCUCAGAAUUCGCGCCGGCCAAAGCCAGGCUCUAGUAGGAUCCAGCGGCUCGGGAAAGAGCUCGGUGAUCGUCUUAAUAGAGCGAUUCUACGAUCCGUUGGCAGGGAAAAUCAUGAUCGACGGUAAAGACAUCCGCAGGUUAAACUUGAAAUCACUCAGGCAAAAGAUCGGUUUAGUUCAACAAGAACCGGCUCUCUUCGCUGCCAGCAUAUUCGACAACAUUGCUUACGGAAAGGACGGAGCAACCGAGGCCGAGGUGAUGGAGGCAGCCCGCGCUGCAAACGUGCACGCGUUUGUCAGCUCGCUGCCAGAAGGAUACAGAACGCAGGUUGGAGAAAGAGGGGUUCAGUUAUCUGGAGGUCAGAAACAGAGGAUUGCUAUAGCCAGGGCAGUAGUGAAGGACCCUGCAAUAUUACUACUAGACGAGGCAACGAGUGCCCUGGACGCAGAGUCAGAAUGCGUGCUGCAAGAGGCCCUGGAGAGGCUAAUGAGGGGGAGAACGACGGUGGUGGUGGCUCAUAGGCUGUCUACGAUAAGGGCUGUUGACAACAUAGCGGUUAUACAAGACGGUAGAAUCGUGGAGCAGGGUAGACAUGGGGAGCUGAUUAGCCGGCCUGAAGGGGCCUAUUCUAGGCUUUUACAGCUUCAACACCACAAAUAAUCAAAAGAAUGGAGAUUUGUACGUGGGGCAUGUCUUUGAUAAUCGAUGGAUGGAUGAAUCGAUGUUUAUUUAUUAAUUAAUUAACCUUUGUGAUGUGGUUAAAUGAAUUUCCCAUAUAUAUGUUGAUAUAUAUGGUGAUAGUUGUAGAUAUUUGAUCUUAUUAGAGCCGUUCUGUUCUAUUAUGUUUAUGAGUUUGGAGAUGCAUUAAUAUCAUGUAUUAAUAUAUUAUUUAUCAGUAAUUUUGCAUAA